AUGACAAGCAAGGAUCUCUUGCAUUCAAACCCCGCCAACGCAACAUCGAGAUCAGACGCCUUACCCAAUUUCAAAAGAAAAUUUCUUAAAACUGAACUAAGAAUUCCAGUAGAGUGCAUUUACGUCAGAGAUGUUAGUCGUGAAUCGAACCGAGAGACGGCCUAUCGUUGGUUUGAUGUAGGGAGUGCAAGGGUCAUUUUCUUUUGGCCCGGUGUUGCUGCUCGUAACAAAAAAAGACCAAGACUUAACAAUUCACCUGAAACCAAUCAACCUAAUCCUGCAAUAACUAGCAACAAAUUGGAAUCAUCAAAAUUACCCACUAAAAUAGUUGGCGCUAAAAAAAACGAUAAUAAUAAACUCAGUGCUGAUAAAAAAUUGAUCAAAAAAUCUGUAUUUGCCAUGAGCAACAUCAAAAAAUGCAGCAGAAGUAAUGUGAUUGACUACCUAUCGGAGGUGGGUAUUCAGGUAAUUUCGUGCUAUCCAGUGCUGAAACGCUCUCUGGCUCCGUCAGGUACUCUGCCUCGUAAUGAAGGCGAAGACUCAACAAUGUUCAGAGUAUGCAUCAACGCCAGUGAUACUUCUAAAAUUCAAGAUCCUGACAAUUUGCCAGAAAACGUAAUCAUCCGUGAAUGGCGGUUCCUCAACAGUAAAUCUGGCCAAACUACAUCAACUAACAAUGGCUAA